UCCCGCCUCCAGGCAGAGAUGCCGGCCUGGGGAUCCUUCCUUCCGAUUUCAUUGCCGAGACCAACAAACCGUCGGACAAUUUUAUGCAGGAUACCCUCCAUUGAAGGCGUGGCCGGACGACUCCACAGCUCUGCAAUAUCAGGAAAUCGGAAAACCUACUAUAAGAUCCCUAAAGACGCUCAAGGGGCUGAUCUAUGGAGUCAGAAUGAUUUGAGGCUCCCUACAAAUAUCCGUAACAAUUACACGCUACUGGGCCUGGCAGUGGCCAACUAUGGGGGUAUAUACCAGUUGUAUGGAUAUUCAGAUUCUGUCGGGCGUUCAGUGUGGGACGGUUGCAUUUGACAAAGGUCAGUACUUGAACUUUGCGGACAUCGAGGAACAGACGCUUGCAUGUGAAAGAUGUUGCAUUAGUUUCAUAGAUAGCAACAGGUUCUCUGGGGUUAGCUUGAAGCAGGUUUUCAAAUCGAUACAACUCAC